AUGCAGAUCUUCGUUAAGACCCUCACUGGCAAGACCAUCACUCUUGAGGUUGAGUCGUCCGAUACUAUCGACAACGUCAAGGCCAAGAUCCAAGAUAAGGAGGGCAUCCCCCCUGACCAACAGCGCUUGAUCUUCGCUGGCAAGCAGCUCGAGGAUGGGCGCACCUUGUCAGACUACAACAUCCAGAAGGAGUCCACCCUUCAUCUUGUCCUUCGCCUUCGUGGUGGUAUGCAGAUCUUCGUGAAGACAUUGACUGGCAAGACGAUCACCCUUGAGGUUGAGUCAUCCGAUACCAUUGACAACGUCAAGGCGAAGAUCCAGGACAAGGAGGGUAUUCCUCCGGACCAGCAGCGAUUGAUCUUCGCCGGGAAGCAGCUUGAGGACGGCCGUACGUUGUCUGAUUACAACAUCCAGAAGGAGUCCACUCUUCAUCUUGUUCUCCGCCUUCGAGGAGGAAUGCAGAUCUUCGUUAAGACCCUCACCGGCAAGACGAUCACGUUGGAAGUCGAGUCAUCAGACACAAUUGAUAACGUUAAAGCGAAGAUCCAAGACAAGGAGGGCAUUCCUCCUGAUCAGCAGCGUUUGAUCUUCGCCGGAAAGCAGCUUGAGGACGGCCGCACCCUCUCGGAUUACAACAUCCAGAAGGAGUCCACACUCCACCUCGUCUUGCGUCUGCGUGGAGGAAUGCAGAUAUUUGUCAAGACCCUCACGGGCAAGACGAUUACGUUGGAAGUCGAGUCGUCAGACACGAUUGACAAUGUGAAGGCGAAGAUUCAGGAUAAGGAAGGUAUUCCUCCAGACCAGCAGCGCCUGAUCUUUGCGGGCAAGCAGUUGGAGGAUGGGCGUACUCUGUCCGACUACAACAUCCAGAAGGAGUCUACUCUUCACCUUGUCCUUCGUCUUCGUGGCGGCCAUUGA